AUGAAGUGGUUAAGAUUUCUCACCCAAUUGACCAUUUAUUGGGUGAGGUCAAUAAAUGUAGAGGCUGAUAUUGAUGUGAUAGAUGUUGAGGCUGAUAUUGAUGUGAUAGAUGUAGAGGCUGAUAUUGAUGUGAUAGAUGUAGAGGCUGAUAUUGAUGUGAUAGAUGUAGAGGCUGAUAUUGAUGUGAUAGAUGUAGAGGCUGAUAUUGAUGUGAUAGAUGUAGAGGGUGAUGUUGUUGUGAUAGAUGUAGAGGGUGAUGUUGUUGUGAUAGAUGUAGAGGCUGAUGUUGUUGUGAUAGAUGUAGAGGCUGAUGUUGAUGUGAUAGAUGUAGAGGCUGAUGUUGUUGUGAUAGAUGUAGAGGGUGAUGUUGUUGUGAUAGAUGUAGAGGCUGAUGUUGAUGUGAUAAAUGUAGAGGCUGAUGUUGUUGUGAUAGAUGUAGAGGCUGAUGUUGUUGUGAUAGAUGUAGAGGCUGAUGUUGUGAUAGAUGUGAAGGCUGAUGUUGUUGUGAUAGAAGUAGAGGCUGAUGUUGUUGUGAUAGAUGUGAAGGCUGAUGUUGAUGUGAUACAUGUAGAGGCUGAUGUUGAUGGGAUACAUGUAGAGGCUGAUGUUGUUGUGAUAGAUGUAGAGGCUGAUGUUGUUGUGAUAGAUGUAGAGGCUGAUGUUGUGAUAGAUGUGAAGGCUGAUGUUGAUGUGAUAGAUGUGAAGGCUGAUGUUGAUGUGAUACAUGUAGAGGCUGAUGUUGUUGUGAUAGAUGUUGAGGCUGAUGUUGAUAUGAUAGAUGUGGACCCUCAGCGAAGAUAA